CUCCAAAUCACAACGUGUUGAAUUAGUCUCCCGACCAUUUGAAUCCCAUCCUCAAAUUUCAAUCAAAAUUCGUCAACUUUCCGUCGGAUCCCAAAUGGGGAAAUGGAAUUCCGACUCCCCAAAAUCUUGAUUUCAAAUUCUUAGGGAUUCCUGAUUUUUCAUGGUUUGAUUCAUCUGUGGAAAAAGGUCGAUCAGGAGAAGCGGCAAUGGCGUGGAACGCGUUCAAGUUAUGUACAGCUCUGCGCGCCCUCGGCUACGUGAUGGUGCUGGUGGUUGUCGCCAUAGUCGGGCUCACCUACUACGCCGUCGUUUUGGUCAAUUAUUUACCUAGCAUCCUUAGCGGAGGCGUCAAUUUCGUCAUUGCCUUCCCUCUCUUGAUCUUGUUCCAUUUUCUGUUGGUGAUGCUGUUGUGGAGCUACUUUAAUGUUGUUCUGACGGAUCCUGGGCGCGUUCCACCAAAUUGGAGGCCUGCAAUCGAUGAGGAGACAGGUGAUGAAGCCCCAUUGGUGGGAUCAGACCAAUCCACCAUGGUCAGUGAUCCAGCAAAUCAAAAAAUACGGUUUUGUCGGAAGUGCAACCACUAUAAACCACCUCGUUGCCAUCAUUGUUCUGUUUGUGGGAGGUGUAUAUUGAAAAUGGACCAUCAUUGCGUUUGGGUGGUCAACUGUGUUGGUGCACUGAAUUACAAGUACUUCCUUCUCUUCUUGUUUUACACAUUUCUUGAGACAACUCUUGUCACCUUAUCAUUAUUCAAGUAUUUUAUGGCAUUUUUUACUGAAGAGGAGAUACCGGGAACAUUGGGCACUGUUGCAGCUAGUUUUAUCACAUUUGUUUUGAACUUCGCAUUUGCUUUGAGUGUUUUUGGCUUCAUGAUCAUGCACCUAUCAUUGGUGGCGUCCAAUACCACCACUAUUGAGGCAUACGAGAAGAAAGCCACUACUAAAUGGCAGUAUGACCUUGGUCGGAAGAAAAACUUUGAACAGGUGUUUGGGACGGAUAUGUGGUACUGGUUCAUCCCUGCAUAUUCAGAGGAGGAUUUAAGACGGAUACCAGCUCUCCAGGGUAUUGAUUAUCCAACAAGGCCCGAGUUGAAUGCACUUCAACCAUUAUAAGUACUCAUGGUAGCGAAGGGACAAUGUUGCAGUUCUCUCCUCUUAUGCACACGUAUAAGGGAAGCUGAAAUUUGUGUUUCUUUCGUACAAGGCUCUUUGCUCGUCAACACUUCAUUGACCUGCAUGCACAGGCAGCAGCUCAGAUAAUACUUUUGCUUGGGAGACAUCAUGGCUGGAAGUGAAUUGAGGACUGGCUCAAUUGGCGAAUUUACGCACAGAUUCUUUGGUCGAUACAUUUUAUAUAGUGAUGUAAUGUGUGAUUUCCACGAGGAACGUGAGCAUUUUUUCAUACAACUUGUUCCGUUCCUAAUGUUGUGUGCAGGCUUGUUGAAUUGAUCCUGUGAAUUUCUCCA